AAUAAUAAUUAAAUAACUAUUCAAAAUUCAUUUUUUCAUAAAUGACACUCGCACUCUUUGCUCAAACGAUUAAAACUCACAACAAAAGUCCAUAAAUAUGCAUUGUAAAUUAAACGUCGAACAUGAUGAUAUUCAAAAAUCCUAUAAAUCACAGAAUAUUAAUACUCAUAAAUACACAUUCUUGAAUUUCAUAGUUUUAGGAUGAAUGUAUCACUAGUAGCACAGAUUCAUAUGUCAAAUUAAGGUUAGAACACAAAAAAUCGGCUGUGUAGCUCUAGUUGCACAUUGUUUGUCAUUAUCUAUUAGAAAUUGAAGAUAUUCUAAUAGAUAGAACGAAAUCGUAAUUGUAGAAAAAAUACGUAACUACAAAUACUAGAGUUCGGUAAGAAAGAAUCACACAGUGUAGAUUAUUGCAAACGUUUCACGAUGUACUGCACUCAGUGCUCUACAAGAAGGAGAAGAGACGACAGGUGACUGGUGCCUGCGCCAUGCGCAUUGCUCGCUCGACCUCGGCAACACUCGAGCACGCUCGUCAUUGCUCGGGCGCCUCCGGCGGCGAAUGGUGGGGCGAGCAGUGUAUCCGUGACGUCACAUAAUUAGAGUAAAUACAAAGUAGUCUUGAUGGGACAGCGGCGUGCGCCGCACCGUGAGUCGCUGGUCCGCGCGCGUCAAACCUAUAUCGUUUCGAUACACGCACACCGCGUUUGUGUAGCUCGUGAUAUAUUGCGCUAUGUGCCGUCAGUGUGUGUGUACCAAAGGAUCCUAGAUGACUGUGGGAAUAGUAAGUGACACUCGUGCAGCAAAGAAAUGGAAAAGAUAGAGUUAUUGGGCGGUGCUUGCUUCAGCCACGGCCCGUACACGUUCUACAAAGCGGUUAGAAUAGGAAAUGGUCGUGUACUUCGCCUUGGAAGCUUCUUCCUCACGAAACUGUGGAGCGAUGCCGAUCUUGUCAGCAUCGGGGAACUUCAGCUGUUGUGGAUGGACAGCCGGGGACCGAAUCAACCUCUGGCAUCGUUGCGGUUAUACUUCUUGCCGGAGAACACCCCGGAUGGCCGAAGGGACACGCAUGGAGAGGGAAAAGAAAAGGGAACUAGAAGAAGAAGAAGAAGAAGAAGAAGAAGAAGAAGAAGAAAAAAGAAGGCAGUAGAUGCAGAUCUGUAUGUUGUUCUUGCGGCUUUCAUAUUUUCCGGAUUUUAUUCAAAACCAUAUUUGCAUUCUCAUUAUUUUUUUGCCUCCCUUUCGUUGAAGUUUCUCUGAAAUUCCGUCGAGCUCCAUACUUAUAUUUUCCAUCUUCUCUAAGCAUUAAAUUCGUUUUCCUUUCUCUCUCUCUUCUCUUCUUCGCUUUGAGGGCGCAAGUGAUAAAUACAUUUUUUAUUAUUAUUAUUACUUUUUUUUUUUUUUUUGGAAUAAAUGAAAACGUGGCAACGUUUAAUUUCGAGCAAUUUAACAAUCGAAUCGCGUCUUCGAUUCUUUUAACGAUUCUUGGCUCAUUAAUUGGCUAAUUGUUAAAUUGCAAGAAUCGCAUUUACUUUGUUAUUAUCGAUAAUCGGUAAAUGAUGAUUACAGGUUGUAAAACCCGUGAUGGAAGACUUCUAGGUACUUUUUGUUAAUUGUUGGCAAUAUAUAGAGAAUAUUAAACGGAAUAAAUAUAUACGACCAUUUUGCAAGGCCUCGGUCCAUGAAAACUUGGUAAUGAUGUUAUUUAAAUGCCUAAUAUUGAUUGAGGAUGAUAGUAUAAUCGCGUUAAUAUGCAAAUGUAUUUAUACAUUAAUUAAAUUUAUACGUGGAUAAUGUCGUUUGCAAAAUAUUACCGUAACUGAAUGUAUGAAUUACGCUUGACAUCAUCGAUUAAUUCAUCCGGCA